AUGCACUACGCUACUCAGAUGUGCCGCGGGCUGGUGGUGGGCUGCUGGCUGAUGGUCGCCCUGGCGCAGCAGCGACUCGCCGCCGCUGUGACGCCCGCCCCGCACCAGCCCUCUCCUGCUCCGGGCGUGACGUGCUACACGUGCGUGAACGUGUCGGACAAUCUGAUCUGCAACCAGUACGCCAUCGACCGGCCCUGUCCGCACGGGGACGAAUUCUGCCACACACUUCACGUAAUGGAUUCACAUGGAGAGAGUGUUGUCGUCAACAAGAAGUGCGCCAACGGAACCGAGUGCACGCCCCAGAGGGUCGGCUGUGUCGUGAUCGACGCGCAGAGGGUAUGCGUCUCCUGCUGUGACGAAAUGUACUGCAACGAGGCUGUUCCAACUAACCAUAGCACGGCUGUGUUCUCCAACACAAGAACCCGCUCAGCGGAGAAAGCUGUUGAGAAGAAUGUCAGCAACAGAUGCAGCGUGUGUGGGCUUCCCUUUUGUGACUUCAUCAUGGUAGCGCUGAUGCUGUAUCACAGUCUGUAA